AUGUGGGCUUCGCCUCGUUAUGCUUGGUAUAUUUACAGACUUCUUGACGAAAUUCAUAGACAAGAACGUGAAGAGCUAGAGAACAAGCUUGAAGCAAAAGACAAAAGCAUUCAGAAAAGAAUACCACGUUCGGUACCAAAAGGAAAGGAAAAGAACUAUAAGUAUAUGAUUUAUACUGAAGAGAUGGAAAAUGAAGAAGACAGAGAUAUGGUUAUGUUGCAUUUAGUCAGAAGAAACAACAAAAGCUUUUACGACCUUGCUAAGAUUUACAAAUCUGACAGAAAUUGGUUCUAUCGCGAAAACUUACCGAUUUCAAUGACCCCAAAUGAAGAUGUGAAACAAAUAGUUCAAGAUACGUUACCUCAAACACACUAUGAUAUGAAAGGUUGUACAAUACUUACCUUCAAAGAAGAUUUGCCAUUGUUAAAGGAAAAAAUAACAGAGUAUUUUGACAACUUCAAACAAGUAGAGUAG